CUAGGCAAGGUAAGUGUCGUGGUUCUACCGCAUGGUUUUUAGUGAAAAAUUAAAAGUGAAUAUUAGAAUAAACUAAAAAAGUGCCACAUAAUAGAUUAAGAUGCGUUCCGUCACAUUGAAGGAUGUUGAACAAGACAAGGUCGUCAAGACCGUAGCUGCCCACUUGAAAAAGAUGGGCAAGGUCAAAGUUCCAGAACAUAUGGAUCUGGUAAAAACUGCCCGUUUUAAGGAAUUGGCACCCUACGAUCCUGACUGGUUUUAUGUACGGUGUGCUGCAAUCUUACGUCACAUCUACAUUCGCUCUCCAGUUGGUGUUAAGACUGUAACAAAGAUCUUUGGUGGUCGCAAACGUAAUGGUGUCACUCCUUCACACUUCUGCAGAUCAUCAGGCAGUAUUGCUCGUAAGGCACUUCAGGCCCUUGAGGCUUUGAAGUUAGUUGAGAAAAUUCCUGAUGGUGGCCGGAUCCUUACUGUUCAUGGAAGACGUGAUUUGGACAGAAUUGCUGCACAAGUUCGUCUAAAGGCUAAACAAGCGGCUAAACAGAGUGUUAUUGUUCUGUAAUUUUAAUAUAAUAAAAAAUAUAAAAUA